UAGAGAAAGUGCAGCUUGAAAUUGAUGCUGUGAUUGGCCAGUGCCGCCAGCCCACCAUGGAGGACAAGGAGCACAUGCCCUACACCAGCGCAGUGCUGAGCGAGGUGCUGCGAAUGGGCAACGUCGUGCCAUUGGGAGUGCCCAGGAUGUCCACCAAUGACACCACCCUGGCUGGUUUCCACGUGCCCAAGGGUACCACGCUGAUGACCAGCCUGACUUCAAUAAUGUUUGACAAAAAUGUGUGGGAGACUCCAGACACUUUUAAUCCUGAACACUUCCUGGAGAACGGCCAGUACAGGAGGCGGGAGGCUUUCCUGCCCUUCUCUGCAGGCAAGCGUGCCUGUCCUGGUGAACAGCUGGCCAGGACUGAGCUCUUCAUCUUCUUCACUGCCCUGCUGCAGAAAUUCACCUUCCAGGCUCCGUCUGCCACUGAGCUGAGCUUUGCCUUCACAAUCAGCCUCACGCGCUGCCCCAAGCCCUUCCAACUCUGCGCCCUGCCUCGCUGCUGAGGGCAAGAUGGAAAGCAUUCCCUUCUCAGCUGUCCCAUUAGGUUGCAGGCUGCAGGCUGUCCCUGUGUGGUGUGUGAGGAGGGCUGCAUUCUGCACACCUCAGUGAGGACAAGCACCCCUCCCUCCCCCUCU